AUAGCCAACAUGGCGGGGCUUUGUUUUUGUGUUGUCAUUCUUGUGACGAUUCCAAUAACAAGAUCAUCACAAGUGACUAGAGCGGGACGUUCAGGUCAGCAGCAACAUGCAGGUAGCUUGUGCUCCAAGUGUGUAUGCUGGCCACACAAAAAUGACUAUGACACCUGCAAUGAAUCCAAAGGGAGGAAAGAAAAGUUAAUCAUCAAUCCAAAUCCUAUCCCAAACAACUGUAGAGGAAACUUGGGUGAUUGCGAUCAUUCACAACAUGUUUCAACAAACGCGUGUAACGUUAGUGUAAUAUGUGAUGGCGCGGUUCGUCUGAAUGGUUACCAUUCCGGGCAUUCCCCCAAUGGCAGAAAAAGGGUUGAGGUUUUCCGGAAACAUGCCGACGGAUCCUUCAUGUGGGCAGGUGUCUGUUUAAAUGGCUGGUCGGAUAUCAACACCGACGUUGUAUGUAAACUAUUUGGAUUCGGACACGGAAGCACACAAGCAGGGACGAUUAGAAAUUCAGACACAGCAAUAUGGGACCGCGUCAUCUAUAACUGCUCCGGUAAAGAGUUUCACCUGUCUAACUGUCACAGAUACACGGAACAGAGAAAUUGUACAGCUGGCUACGUCAUCGUAAAGUGUACGAACACAGUCGAAAGACAUGAUGAUUCAUUAGGACUGGGUUUUAACGCGAGCUGUACAGACAACACAAGCUGUAUGACUAGUUUGGUUUGUAAACAUAGAGGAAAGUACAGUGUCUGCAGAUGUGGGAACGAAACCAAAUCAUUCUGGAAUUCUGAAAAGAAGGCAUGCCUAGAUAAAUCCUCAAUAAAUGGAAGUUGUGACUCAAACGAAGCCUGUGUUGGCAAUCUCUUGUGCAAAGGAACCGGAAAUAGAUCGUGUAAAUGUGGAACCGAUGAUGAAUUUUGGGACACAAGAAAAAAUACAUGCCAGCAGAAAUAUUCCUUCUCUGCCGUGUUUGUGUCCACACUUCAAACCUUCCAAUCAGCUCGGGAUUUCUGUGCUGCAAACGUAGGCGGGAAACUGGCUUCAUCUGACGAAGUUGAACAGUUGUUCUCCGGGUGUUUGGGAAAUAAUACAACCAUAUGGAUAGAUAGUAUUUCACAAGAUAUCGGACGUCAAGAGUUAUGUCCCUUCGGAAUGAUGUCUAAAGGAACAUUGCACCUGGAAAACACAACAAAUUGUUCGGAGGUGUUUAGUUCCCUUUGUGUUAUAAACAACACUGCCAAUACCACUGAUUCCAAUUGUCUCCCGUUCUAUCGACCCGAAGCAGUGGACACGGAUCCCUUAUCAACGAGUCCGUUACUUUGGCCGAUUUUCGUUGGACUGUCAGUCAUUGUCAUCAUUUUGCUGGUCCUUGCAGCUUUUUAUUAUAAAAGGAAAAGGGGAAACCGUUCCAAACACAUGGUAACGUACGCCCAUCGACAAACAUCCAAUUCAGGUGUGGAUCUGACUCAUAACGAUGGUGUUCCCAAUAACGUCAAUGGAAAAGAAGAUUACAGCCUCGCGCAACCUGGUCAUUCUACUCAAGGGGAAGAAGAUGUUUAUAGCUUAGCGCGGGCUGAACUUAAUGGUCCAGGGUCAAGGUCAACAGCGACGGCGACUGAUCACUAUGGUUACGGUGUACUUGGCGGGCAUCGCGCGGAUAAUGAUGGGAUUUAUUCACACUCCAGACAACUGAAUAACACAGAGGAGUAUGACACGUUUAUCAGGAAAGACAGGAACACAGAUGUUAAUGACAUAUACGAUCACACACGAGAUCUUGUACAGGAAAAUCAGUAUGACCAAUUCAAGAAACGCCACGAAUAUUAAAAAGGGAUGAUAUCGGUUGGAGCGUCGGUUUAUGAAAAAAAAGACUUACGAAUUUCAUUACAGGAAAUAUAUUCAUUAUAAUGUUGCAAUUAAUCUGUACGCAAAUACUAAAGCUAGAAAUGCUAAGACUGAUUUUCUCACAUAUCUUUGUCGGAGUAAAACAAGGGAAACAUCUCUACCCAUUUUGUUCUCAAUAUAUUGAAAUAAUUUAGAAGAAUUGAUAAUGCAAAAUAAUGUUGACCAACUUCAUUAUAUUGGUUAUAUAUAUUUCAAGAGCGCAUGGGUACAUUUGUUAAAGUAUCUAUUUUGCUAUAGGCAGAUGACAUUGUUGUUAUGUUAGAAACAGCUGAAGGUUUUCUGAAUGUUUCCCGUGAAUUUAAAGCUUAAUAUUUGGAAACUUAAACUUAAUCUCAAUAAAAUCAAAGUAUUGUAUGUGUGUCUGCAGGUAGGGCGUAAGAAUUGUACCUGCUGCCCCCAUUGCAUGAUCGUAAGAGGCGACUAAAUUUGGGAUCUUAUCU